AUGGAGUGCGGUUUCCAUAUUUUGUUGAUUGUCACCUUGGUCGUCGCUAUGGUAACAAGUGCGCCUCUAACCAAUCAAGAAAAACUUGUCAAUGUUGAUCAGCCUGGAGACAAAGUGAACAGAGCAAAACGAGCAGACGAAGAAAUAGUUUUCGGAAACCAACAAAAUAAAGCUCGCGUGGUGGCCAAGAAAUCCGACCUCAGCAAUCUCCUAGUACCAGCUCCACUUCCGGGUGAAGUGGAUCAAGGUUCAGAGGUUAUAGUUCACAAAGAGAUGCCCGUAACGGACGAGCUGGCGGCUAGAGCCGAGGCCGCGGUCGGGAGCGUGAGGGAGAACAAUGAGAAGAUCAAAGAAGCCGUUGAAGCUGCUCUUGAGGCUGUGGCGGAGGAUGAGGCUGAGAAAACAGAGACGGUCACUGACCGCCAGGAACCAGUUGACAAAACAGAUUCAGACGACAAAGCCAUCAAACAGUUGAUCGAGGACGACAUUGAGGAAAACGAGCAAGGUGCAGGAGAAGUGAGUGACACAGCCGAUGAAAACCCGCCACGUGAUGACACCGAUGAUGAAGAUACAGAUCUGAAAGAGCUUCAAAGAACAGCCGAGAGCAGCGCGAUGGUAGCAGCAGCAGCAACAGCAACAGCAGCAGGCGGUAAUGAUGAAAGCAGUAACAAAGCAUCCUCUGCCGAGGAGGGCAUUGAUAGUGAUGAGGUGGAGAAGUUUCUGCAGGAGUCGCAACAACCGGAGGAUGAGGGUGAGGUGUCUCUGGAUAGAGAUAGAGAGAGGUCCUAUGUGAAUCAGAUGAGAAAUUUCCUUCUGUCUCUAAAUAACGGUCGUCGUUACCAGCGACUUAUAAGUCCAUACUUAGAACGCUACCGUCGCUCUGUGGACUCUUCCAAGAAAACCGCUCCCUCAAAGAACAACAAGAGAACUAGACGUAUCAAACGUGACCUCCUCGAAGACACAUCUGAACUCUACGAACCUCCCUUCUACUCUGCUGGAUACCAGGAUCCAAAUCCCGACUCCGAAGACGUGGUUCCACUCACCGAUGAAGAGGCGGAGUAUCUGUACAAUAGGCUGGUGAACUAUCUAUCCGAUGAAGCUAACCCAGAGCAAGAAGAAGUAGAACCAGAAGAAGGAUCUUUAGACUCGUAUCUCAAUGGAUAUGGGGAGGAGGACAAUGAGCCGUAUGUUCCAUACACUACAUACAACGACGACGAUGUUUCGUAUGUUCCGAACGUGUAUGAUGACAGGUAUCAAUAUGGACCUGUUAGUUUUUUGGGUUUGGCUAAAAGAGGGAUGAUUGAUUACUACCCUCCCGAGGAGGAAGAGAAAAGGUAUUUCUUUCCCUUCAACAAAGAACCAGAGACUCACUGGGGAGCUUUCGUGCCCGAGAAGAGAAGCUAUGACGAGGCCAUACAGAGGUUGCAGAGGUUGGCAUUGGCGCUAAGUGAUAACCCGGGGCCUUAUUAUAGGGAGAUUUUGGAGGAGUACAGGAGAAAGUAA